AAUAAAAUAAAAUAGGCCUAAUGCAUACACUUAAUAUAAAAUGCGCUGGUUUAUUUUAGUGUAAUGAUUUUUAGGCUACUUGACACUAAUUUAUUAACACUCUUUUUUUUCAGACAAAUAAGAAUGUUAAGGAUACAGGAUCCAAUAUUUUGGCACUUUUAAACAACUCGAAUAGGAAUAGUUUUUGGUCUGCUUUUUGUGAUAUAAUUUACUUCCAAACAAAUCAUCAAUAUAGCCUAUUACUUAACGUACAUUCAGUUCUAGUUUGAAUAUAUAUGAUGGUGCAAGAAAAGAAUCGAAAUGUUGAAUUAACAUUGCUGCAAUCGAAAAGACGGCUGACCGGCACUCGUUCAGUACCGCAUACCGCCAUCGCAUCCGUGACCGCAUUUUUCUCGGCUUGCGUAACAUAUCGCGUGACUUACUAGGUUAGUAACGUGAGGGAACGGACAGCAGAGAAGGCGGUGUUGAUGACGGUAGGAGGAGAUUGUGCGUUGUCGUCGUCUUCCGCGUUUCCCUGGAUUUCAACCACUGUUCUGAUUCCAUCGCGUCCUCUCCUUGCACGUUUUUACGCUCGGUCCACCCUCCCAAUUUAGUUAGUUGUAAAAAUAAAUAAAUAAAUACAUUAUAAAGGCCUCGCUGUCCCUCUCUCCGCCUUCACCUCUCCUCUUUCUCUCCCCACUUUGCAAAUAACUACCACCGCCUUCGUUCUCCACAUGCAGCAUCGGAGUCCUGGGCCCCGGCGUACCGGCUCCAGCCAUGUCGGCGAGGAAUACAGCGGCUGGCGGCGGUGACGGAGCGACGGGGGAAAUGCCAGGAGACUCACUAGAGGGAGAACCCCAGGGCCUCUCUGUCUCUCUGUCUGGUUUGAUGACCCCCGCCUCAGCCACCGGCAUGGCCUCAGGCAUGGAGCUGCCCAGGAAACGGAAAGGCAGCAUGGACAACCCGGAAACAAAAUCUGCUUCAAAUCUAGAGGAGGAUAUGGAGGACGAUCAGGGAAGAUCGGAAGGAGACGACCAGCACUUAAAAAUUAAAUGUGUCAGAGAACCUCACAGUCAGAUCGAGAAACGGCGGCGAGAUAAGAUGAAUAACUUGAUUGAUGAGUUGGCAGCGAUGAUUCCCACCUGUAACCCCAUGUCCCGCAAGCUUGACAAACUCACUGUGUUACGAAUGGCUGUCCAGCACCUCAAAUCACUCAAAGGAGCAACCAGCUCGUUUGCAGAAGCCAAUUACAAACCUGCAUUCCUCCCAGAUGAUGAGCUCAAACACCUUGUCUUAAGGGCUGCAGAUGGAUUUCUCUUUGUGGUUGGCUGUGACCGUGGGAAGAUAGUCUUUGUCUCAGAAUCUGUUUCGAAAACACUGAAUUACAGUCGGACGGAGUUAAUUGGACAGAGCCUGUUUGAUUAUGUUCAUCCUAAGGACAUUGGUAAAGUGAAGGAACAGCUGUCUGCCUCUGAACUCUACCCACGGGAGCGCCUCAUAGACGCCAAAACGGGAUUGCAGGUGCAGGCUGAGCUCCCCGUCGGAGCAGCUCGGCUCUGCUCUGGAGCCCGGCGCUCAUUUUUCUGCCGAAUGAAGUACAACAAAGUUACUGUCAAAGAAGAGAGGGACUUCCAAGCUGGGGCUUCAAAAAAGAAAGAGUCACAGCGGUACUGCACUGUGCACUGCACGGGAUACAUGCGCACCUGGCCCACGCGCCAGCUGGGCACAGAGGGGGAGGCUGAGACGGAUAAAGAGAGCUCCCACUUCAGCUGCCUGGUAGCAGUGGGCCGCGUGCACCCCCACACCCUCCCACAGGCCAACGGAGAGAUCAAGGUCAAGCCUACUGAAUUUGUCACCCGCUACGCCAUGGAUGGCAAAUUCACCUUUGUGGAUCAACGAGCCACCACUAUUCUGGGUUAUUUACCCCAGGAGCUGCUAGGCACAUCCUGCUAUGAAUACUUCCAUCUGGACGACCUGCCUCAUUUGGCAGAUAGACACCGAAAAGUGCUGAGGAGUAAAGAGAAGAUUGAGACAAACUGCUAUAAGUUUAAAACGAAAUAUGGCUCUUUUGUCACCUUACAAAGUCAGUGGUUUAGUUUUAUAAAUCCCUGGACCAAAGAAAUAGAAUACAUAGUGUCGACCAACACCGUAAUAUCCGGUAAAAGUAAUCCAGGUGGAUCAGGGGAUAAAUCUGAGCAGCCUAGUAGUUCCAAGGCCUCGGAGGAUGAUGCCAAGAAGUCCCAACAAGUUCCAAUCAUCCCAGGGAUCUCCAGUGCAUCAGGCAUGAUUUACGCUGGGUGCAUAGGGACCCAAAUUGCUAAUGAGAUAAUGGACUAUAAUAGGAUGAACUCCUCACCAUCCAGCGGCAAUACAAGUCCAUUCAGUUUACUGCAGGACAAGUCUCCACUGGCCCUUGCUCAGGCCAGCAGCAAUGUGCCAAAUGGAGAAGUGACAGAUGUGGAGAUGCCUGGCAAAUCAAGCUCAGAGGAGGAAGCGAGGGGUGGGGCCUUCACCGCGGGAGAAAGUCUGAUGGAGGGGAGCUCUCAGUUGGAUCUGGAGGGGGUUCCUGGGUUAGGCGCUCUGAGCACUGACGAGGCAGCCAUGGCGGUCAUCAUGAGCUUACUGGAGACCGAUGCUAACCUGGGUGAGGCCGUGGACUUUGACGAGAUGCACUGGUCUCUGUGAACACAGCUCCAGUUUUUUUUUUUUUUUUUAAAGACCCAUCUUAUCUGGAGCUUUUUAAAAUGAACCAUCCAUUGAUUUUCAUGUGGCAGCAAGCCUUCGAGAAUUCUUUGGCUUUCAUGUUUUUAAUUUAUUAGUGUCUUUUUAAUGUGUAUGGACAAGCUGCAUGGCAGGUUAUCUGAUGGCUGCCCUUGGUGAAGGAGAACCAAACGGGACGGGGGUCUCUCUGAGUACCUUAUGCUGAGUACCUUAAGCAACAGGACCAGGUUUUAUGUGGUCUGGUGUGCAUUUCUUCACCUCAGCCCUGAGGUCACUUCUGCCCCUUGGCAUGGAUCAGAAUGGAGAGACGUUCUUGGCCUGUUUUGCCAUGUUUGCCAUGCCUCAGCCAAGCCAUAAGGCAAGAACCCAAAUGGUCCACUGUGAUCCAGUGGCGUAAGGAUUUCAAAACUGUUUCAUUAGUCAAUCAACACUUGAACUGAUGCUUUUGAAGCAAAGCUGGACUAAAUUGUUUUAUAAAAACGUCAUGGGAUUCCUUUGGCAAAGGAAGCCUGGUAGUUAUUUUACCCUUUUAGCGCAGAAAUCAUCUUGAAUUCAAAGGGUUUUUUUUUUUUUUUUUUUUUAUGAACGAGUGGAACAACGGGGAGGGGUAUUGGUUAGCGCUUGUGGUCAUUUGUCAAACAGAACUACUUGAAAAGACUGGAAAAAUCUGAAAAUUGAGGAUCACCGUUAGGCCUGACAUUUGUUUUUUCCUCUCUAGUCUACAAACGUGUGUGAAUGUCUACUUUUCCCUCAGACCUUCGUCUGUCCUGCCAGGGCUAUGCUUUUCUAAAAAGAGGCCCGUCACUAAAAUUUACAGGGACUGGGACGAUCUUCUUGGUUGUUGCCCCCUUAGUUAGAUGUGCUAGUUCUGCUGUUCUGAAAUCUGGUCUUGAUGGAGAUGGGGAAACAGGUAAAAUGGCGAUUGGAAUCUAAUAAGGGUAGGGUCUCUCAGGGAGCAGAUCAUCAAAACCCCUUGUCAAAAUCCUUUAGCGGAUCAGCAAAGAACUGCUUUUUAGACACUUGUGUGAAUGUGGAGUUUAAGACUUCUACAGGGCUUCAUUCGUUCAUUUUCUUUCAUGGAACACAAAUGGAGAUAUUUAGAAGCAUGUUCACUCUGCUCUUUUCCAUGUAAUGAAAGUUAAUGGUGACCAUGGCCUUUCAAGCUUCAAUGAGGACUAUAAAAAGCACCACAGAAGUAAUUCAUAAGAUUUGUUCGCUAUAUUCCAAGUCCAACUUAUCCCUUCAUAGAUCUCCAAUUUAAUUAAUGCAAUAUGGCAUUUUAUCCAAAGUCUAGAAUACACUUACAAGAUGUUUGCCCUGUCUGGAGGAGUCGAUGCUAGUUGCCAAAAGUCAGAGCCAGCCUGCAGAUUUUACAGAUUCACAGAAAAUCAUGUUGAAUGCUGGGCACAGAUUCAGAUUUUCUAGCUUCAGACUAUGAUUCCAUUCAGUCGGAAGAUAUCAUACAUGUUUUCAUUUGUCUCAUAUCUCCUAGCAACAAGGCACAUUUCUUAGUGCGUUUGUUGUGUUUGAAAUGACUAUGAAGUCUAUUAGUGUGUCAUCUACAGUUAAGUCUAUGAGUUCACAAGUGUAUGGAAAUCUGGUUUUAAAAGUCAGGUAGUGCAUUCUAGUCAUAAGGAAGAAAGAAAACCAUACAGGUUUUGAAAGUAAUGCUGGAAUUUCCAUUUUUGGCUGAACUAUUACCUUAACUGAAGACAAGAGACCUAAGAACAUGUUUUUUUUUUUCUCAAUGUUUUAGUAGUUUUAAAUGGAAAAAUCAAAGACAAUGUCUGCUGUUUUGAGCCUGUUUUCACAGAGGGCUACAAGCUCAGAAACAUGACACCUCUUUUUGGGCAGAUGAUCUUUGUGGGCUGUUAAAAUUAUGCUAUCAAAUGCCAUUCAUUAUUAUAUUCCCUAUUUUGUAUAUUACAUUUGAGGUCUCAUUGCGUGUGCAUGUCCUUACGAUACUGAUUCGCUCUUCCUUUUCUAAAUUUCUCAAAUUCAAUUUGAUUCCCCUGGGUAAUCGUUCACCUCUAUGAAUUCACAUUUCACUUUGUAUCUGAUUUUGCACAUAUUCACAUAAUUUGUGAAAUUUGCUUCCCUUCGUGCUGGUGACCUUUCAUUCAGACGAUCAGUGUAUUGAACUGCUUUACUGUGAUGGUGCACAUGUGCCACAGGAGUCUCAUGGCCUUGCAUGAUGGAAACGGCUGAUUCUGACCGAUUAUACCAAAGCAAUUUGACCGCAGACAUAUUUCAAGUACCCUUAACGCUCAGCUGCCCUGUGCUGUCAGAUGAUCUAUAAUUCUGUGAGCUGCUUUUUAAAAAAAA